AUGAAGCUCAUACGCUCAGAGACGUACUAUGAACGACAGUUCACGUACCGUCUGAAGAUGGGGGUGUAUUCAAACUUCAACGUCACCGUCAAACUUGACCGAGUGGUCACACCCACCCACCUUUCGCAUGCCCUUCGCCAUAUGAUUCGAAAGCGACCAAAUCUUGCUCUUACUGCUGACGAUAAUGAUCAGGUGAUGCUCCUCGAUGAAAUCCAAUUCAACGAUGUUUGUGUGUUUGAAGAGGAAUCAGAGUUUAAUGAACAAACGCUUGAACGUCUUAACGAAAUUCGAUUUGACACGAAUCUGCCGACUUGGCGAAUUGUGGUGUGGCAAAGUCCUCAAACCAGCACCCAAUGGAUUUCAUGUGUGUUUGAACACACCUUUUACGAUGGCAUGCUGGGGUCAUUCUUUGCCGAAGACCUUGUCGAAGCAUUAACUGGAGUCCACGAACCUAAGAAGACUCCACUUGAUUUCUGUGAUGUGGUGUAUUCAAGUGAUGAGCCAUACGAAGUGAAUGAUGAGCCUGUCAAGUUAACACGACUGAUUAGCCACGCAGGAUAUCCCAAAGACCCAUCAUCGCCGUCGUUAAAGCGUCUGGCUUCAUACGCGCCAAUCACUCCAACUCCCCGCCCCCAGAUCUAUGGUCCCACUCUGGAAGUGUGUGACCUUUACUCCUCUGGCGGGUGGUGGUGGACUAUCAAGCAUUUAUUGUUGGAAAUUUUACCAUCGUUUUUCAAAAAGCAUUAUAUCAAAUGGACCGAAGGCAUCGAUUUGUUUGCUCACCCAAAGUAUACCAACUUACCGGCGAAAUUCGGCAGCCAUACCAAUUACCGAAUCAUCAAUAUUAAACCGGCGGAAUUGCUCACCCGUCUACGCAAUAACUCGAUGACGCUCACCCCGUAUUUGGCGGCAGUGGUCACUCGAUGCUUUCAGCAGGUGAUUGUACCCCACAUCAAGCCCGAUGCUCAAAAGUACAGUGUGAAUUGUUCGCUUGUGGUGAAUGGACGCCGGUUCUAUCCCGAGAAAGCCGAUGAGCUUCGUUAUAACUUGUGCAUGUCUGCUAUCGACGUCAUUUUACCUCCUCCUCCUAUUCAUGAAACAGAAAAUCAAAUCAUUUCAGCUGAUACCAUCGACAUUUCUCAUCAAUUGGCGGUUGGGUUACACCUGCGAGAGCCUUUCGGUCUAAUUAGCUUAUGGAGAUUCAUUCUGCCAUCAGCCUACUUUAACGGUCUCUGCGGUUCCCACUGUCGUUCAACUACUGAAGUCAGUAACUUAGGGUUAUGUGAUUUCAGUACCCCCAAAUUCAAGGUCAAAGACAUGUGGUUCUCUCAAGACAUCGGUCUCUCGUGCCAUGCUGGGUUUAGCGUUAUUUCCACUCCUGAAGGUGGGAUGAAUCUCGUUAUGGGGAUCUUGGACGAGUACCUUCCUUACGUAGACGACUACGUCAAAGCCGUCGAUCUGCAUUUGCACAAAUAA